UCAGGUAUAAAUAGGACAUGAGGUAUGCCCACAUUAAGUGGAAAAAAGUAUUUAUUAUUUGUAAUGCUGUAGUGACUUUAACAAAACAAAAGGUAAUGACAUCCAGUAAACCUAUACGAUGUGCACCGUACCAAGAAGGAAAAGUAAACAACAGGACAAUCAAUAUAGAGACAAAGAUAGAGAUCAAUGUGAGGAAGAAACCUAUCAGUGACAUGAUAUGUCUGAUGGAUGGAAGAAUUCUUGUUGUAGAAUGGUAUGGUAAAGUGUACCAACUUACUUCUAAUGGCGAACUAGACAAACAGUUCAAAAUACCUGGUGAAGCCUCUAAUGUCACACAGAUCAAUCAGGACACUAUUGCCAUAAAUUAUCCUAGUGAGAAAGUUAUUAAGAUCUUCAAUAUGAAAAAUAAAAGAGUAACUAAAGUUAUCAAACUAGACAGUCCAUGCUGGGGUUUAUCAUUCUCCAAUAAUUCUCUAGCUAUUAGUUUGUUCACUGGUGAAAUCCGUAUUAUAGACUUGGAAGGAAAUAUACUAAGGUCAAUAGUAAAAGGGUGUGACUCAACUCGCGAUUUCCUUGUUUACUGCAAUGACAGAAUAACAUACAGUGACCAUUAUGGCAAAUCAGUACACUGCAUUGAUGGAUCAGGUAAACAAAUCUGGCGAUAUACACAGGAUUUAGAAGGGCCAAAAGCACUUUGUACAGAUAAUUACUGUAACAUUAUUGUGGCAGACUAUGAAUCUGAUAGAAUAAUAGUAAUAUCAAAAGAUGGACAGAAUAGUAAAGUACUAAUUAAAAAAGAAGAUGGACUGAAGAAUCCUCAUCAUAUUUGUUUUAAUUGUCAUUGCUGGGGUUCAUACUUGGCAGAAUUUGAUAUUACUUAUGAAUAAAUUGUAUAACCAUAUAAAUUCUUAUGAUAUAACUUGCCGUUUUUAUUUCAACUCUGUAAAUAUUAUGUUAUUAUCAGUCAAUGAGUGCUACGUCAGCAAAAAUUAUGUAUGGACACUCGACUUUUAAAAAAAUUCUCAAAUAUUGAAGCAAUAAACAGAUGUUCAGACAAGUUCAAGGUCAGUAACUUCAGGUUCAAUUUCAUUGACUGAUAUUUUAUUUACUUAUUUAUAAGCAGCUUUCAAGAUAAUUUCAAAAACAGCUCCUACAAGAAGUCUAUCCACAAAUUCAGUAACAUUUACCUAUUUUUUUUUUUCGAUUGGCCAAGUAGUUUCAGAGGAGAAGAUUUUUGUUUAAGUAAAUAGAUGACAGGAGUCAAGCAAUGACAAAAGCUCACAUUGGUCCUUGGAGUCAGGUGUAUUAAAAAACAUCAAAAUCUGAUGAAAAACAAAGGCUGUACAUUUAUACUUAUAAAAACACUGUAUUGAGUCCAAUUGUUUAUUCUUUUUACA